GAAGCAGGAUGGAUGAUCUGGCCUUGCUGGACCUGCUGGAAUGCCCCGUGUGCUUUGAAAGACUAGAUGCUACUGCCAAGGUACUACCAUGCCAGCACACUUUUUGUAAACCUUGUCUCCAGAGGAUAUUCAAUGCCAGGAAGGAGCUCCGAUGCCCAGAAUGCAGGACUCCAGUUACAUGUAGCAUUGAUGAGCUGCCAGUCAACUUGCUGCUGGUUCGCCUCCUGGAUGGCAUUAAGUAUGGGCAAAGCAAUGUCAGGAUCGUUCCUGCUCGAAUGCCUCAGGCUCCUACAAAUCAGGACCAGGGGCAAAGAAGCACAGACACAAGAGGUUUGCAAGCUAAUGAUCAAAAGCUUGGGCAAAAUGGUCCACUAACAGGUGUGCCAUGUGCAAGAGCAUUGUACACGUAUGGAGGCCAGAAGCCAGGAGACCUGAGCUUUAAAAAGGGUGAUGUCAUCCUUCUGCGUCGGCAAGUGGAUGAGAAUUGGUAUUAUGGGGAAAUCAAUGGAGUUUGUGGAAUUUUCCCUCUCAAUUUUGUUCAAGUUAUCCAUCAUUUACCUCAACCGCCUCCCCUCUGCAAAGCUCUUUAUGACUUCAAUCUGAAAGAGAAAGAUAAGGAAGCCAGCAAGGAUCUCCUGCCAUUCCUCAAGAAUGAUAUUCUAAAAGUGAUCCGGCGAGUUGAUGAAAACUGGGCAGAGGGCAAAUUAGGAGAUAAAGUAGGAAUAUUCCCCAUUUCAUUUGUUGAGAUGAACUCAACAGCAAAGCAAUUAUUGGCAACAAAAAGGCCAGAUGUGAAAGAUGGUAAAUGUCAAUGCAGUGCAGCAGCAGCCAAUUCUAGUACAGCCAUCAAACGCACAGAGGCUGGGAGGGCAGGCGCUAAGGAGGCCCGUUGUCACACAAGUGCUAUGAAUAUGCUCAACAGAGUCUCCCACCUGUCUCCAUCCCACCAGCCAUUACAGAUCAGUUCACCGGUGCUGAUUAGCUCAAGUAACCCAGCAGUCGUGGCCCAGAUUGCAGAAAGAAGGAAUCCAUCCAGCCCCACCAGCAAGCCCAAGAACCUACAGCUGCAGAACAGGGCGAGGACAAAGCUGCCAGUGGCUGUCCAGGUCACUGUCACCGUCAGUUUCUAUGCCUCAGGGUCCUUCCAGGCUGGAGCUGAUGACAGUGCCAAAAUUUCUCAGGUUGCUGUGUCUCGCUGCAUUAGCGAGGUGACAGAAGCCCUGUGUACACAACAUGGUCCUUCUGAAGUUGGUGUGGCUGUUCCAGGUACUGCUGAUGCCAAUUUACAGUUUCAUGCUGAAAUUCUACAUUCAAAACCACAAAUACCUGUAAGAGCAGAAGAACUGGAAGCACGGACUGGGGAAAUGUUUCGCAUUUAUGGGAUGUCUCCAGAUGAAUGGAUUCGAGGGAUGCCUAUGCAAAUAAGCAAAGCUGAGAGCCUCACCAGCGGUUACACUGAGCCUGGUAGGAGAAACACUUGUGUAAUCACAGAGCGGAGAGGUUCCAAUGGUCUGUCAGCAUCGGCAAGUACUCAAGAAAGAGGAGCCACAAUUGAGGCCAAGUUGAACUUGCAGACGAGCCCCAGUGGUAGACGAAUUGCUGUGACAUCACCUCCAGUUCCUUCAGGGGGUACAAUAUCAAGAAAUACUUCUGUGACUAGUUACCGGGUAAAUACGCAUCGACCAAUACUUGCAGUUCCUCCAGUGCAGUUUCAGAACACAAAUAACAGGUGUGCCCCAGCUGUUGUCAUUCAAGCGCAGCCUUUUGCAUCUCAUCAGAUUCUGCACCCGGUCACUGUGCACGCUGCCCAUUCCAAUGGCAUAGUUGGGACAAACAGAUCCAACCUGACCAACAGGCCCAUUGCCAACACUGCCCCUACAAUGCCUCACUGUGGUAAAACUUCAGCAAUACAAGAUCAAGAAGCUUCCAAUUGUACAACUGUGGGCCAGGGAUGUGUACCAAUGUCAAACUUUACACCAUCGCAUUGCAAAGAUGAGGACAGAAGCAGUCUGCACAAGGCUCAGACCAACCGAGCAGCUUUUUCACCCCAUUGUGUUACAUCAUCCACAAGGCCUAAAUUCCAGCUCACCUCUGUGUGCAGCCCAACUACAAUCUCGAUAAAGCCGGAACAGAUUGCUGCACAACCAGUUUCACAGGAAACCAGUGGUCCUCUUGUCCCCAUCAUCUCCCACAAUAGAGCUGGUUCAUGUCCAAUAAGAAGUGAAGAGGAAGUUCAGACAGUGCACAGAAAGACAGGCUCCUGGGAUUCUUGUUAUCGCUGCACCCCUCCGUCUCCACUGCACAGCUCUGCUGCUGAGGAGUGUCCGAAGACAUCACAAAACCGUUCAAUGUGCUUCAAUAGGUAA